ACUCACGUACGAUAUGCUUGCAAUAUACACACACCGACCCCAUAGCAGAACGCAAGCCGAAAAAAUCCAAGAUGGUGAUAUAGAGUCGGAGUUUGUUUUGCUAAGUGUGGACUUUAUCGAGUUUAUUUUGCCGCUCCGCUGUAUCUAAAUGAGCCCGUAUUUUGUUGGCAUUUUAAAAAUAAUUCAAAUUCAUAUUGAUAUUGAUGAAUGUUUAACUACGUGCCCGACAUACAAGUGAAGUAAAACAAAGAAAAGGCAAAACAAAUUUCUAACGAAACGAUUUUUUGUUGUGUGGAAAAUUGGUUUUUGUGUUGAAAGUGAAAGAUGUCUGAUGAGAGUACAACAGAUAAUGAUAAUGUUAGGGAAAAAGAAGUUGUGAAGGAAUCGACAACUGAAAGUGAAAAUGUCACAGAGCCCAGUGGAAAUGGUGACGUUGAAAAUGCACAGCCACAAGAAUCGGAGGAAAAAGUUGCGGAUGAACCAUCUGAAAAUGAAAAACAGCCAACGGAUUUAUUCGAUUCGUUAAAAGAAAAUGACACUACCGAUGGAACGGCAGAUACAGUUGCUGUUGCUGAAGAACCCAUGGAAGUGGAUGAAGUGAGCUGUGAGUCUGAAAAUGUUUCGCAAGAAAAACAAACAGAACCUGAACCAGAACCUGAAAUAGAAACAUCAUCGAAUAAUGCACAAGAAGAGACUGCACAAAAUGCCGAGGAUGAAGAGACUAAUCAAAAUGAAGUGAGUGAAGAAAAUGUUGAGAAUGAUGAAAGAAAUAAAGAGAAUGACGAAAGUGCAAACGAACAACAAAACGAAUCGGUUCAAAUGGAAGUCGAUUGCGAAACGCCACAAGGCGAAGAUGUUCCAGAUUUUACGAGAAAUGGCGAUGAUUCGGUCAUGGAACACAAUGUCGAACAAUUUAAUUGCAGUUCAUUCAGUGAUUCCACGCCGAAAAAUCAAACCAUAUCCGAUGAUCCAUUCGAUUCGUUGCUGAAGGGCGAUGACACAGACGCCAAUCAAUCAAUGCAAAAUGAUACAAAUGUGAGCAACACAAGCAGUGUUGAUCACAAUGACUCAGACGAUCAAAACGAUGCCGACGAUCGAAAUGAUGCCGAUGAUCGAAAUGAUGCCGAUGAUCGAAAUGAUGCCGAUGAUCGAAAUGAAGCAGAUGAACCAGCUGGUAGCGAUCAUGAGGAGGAUGAUCGAGAAACAAGUUCACACCAAGAUGGUUCAAACAUUGAAGCUGUUGAUGACAUCGAGGAAGGGAAAGGAGCCGAUGAGGAGCUGUGUUUGUUACCGGAUGAAGAACGCGAGAUUUCGGACGCGGACAAAGAGCGAGCACUGCAAAAUCAACAGCAAGCCGAUGAAAACGAGGAUCAAGACAAUGAACCGAGUGAAGGCAUUAUGGAAGGCAUCGAACAGAACGGUGAGAAGGAGCCAACCGAAGGUCAAACCGAAGAACAGGAGCAGGAGCAAGAGCAAGAGCAAGAAACAGUUCCGGAAAAUGAGGCUGGUGAGCAGCCACAAAUUGAAUCCGCCUCCAUUCCAUGCACACCAAAGGCGGAUGAAAUCAAGGAAAUUGAUGCUGAGGACAGUGAAGAGCAUCUGUGCGUUGAGUGCGGUCAAACAAUCAAAUGCAAAUAUGCAUUGUUAAAAGAAAUCACACCGCCCAAAGGCGAUACCGAAUCGACCGUACAGACCGAAAUACAAUAUCUGUGCGACACGGGCUGUGUAACGAAAUUCAAUAAUGCGAAUGCACAGUAUAAAGUGGUGGUGAAAAAGGUACCGAUCUACUAUGCCAUGGACACCGAGCAAAAGUGUGAAUCGUGCGAAGAAACGAAAAUGUGUCGAUAUCGCUUCAAAGAAACUGCCAACGCGGAGGCAUUCAGCUAUGUUUGUGAAGAUGAUUGUUUGAAUAAAUUCACGGCAUCACAUCCAGACAAAUUUGUCAUAGCCAAGAAACGGUUUAUCAUUGAAGAGGCCAGCGGUGACGAUGUGGAAAACGAAAACAAAUGUUUGCAAUGUUCGGACGAAACAAAGUGCAAAUACACGUUCAAAGAAGAUGAACAAUCAUUCUUUUUGUGUACUGAACCUUGUUUGAAUUUGCUAAUGGCCGAGCAACCGGAUCGUUUUCGAUUCAAACGCCAAUCGAUUCGAGUGAAAGACUUAUCAAGGAAGCCGGUUAGCAAUGUGGUUGAAGCGCCGCCAGCAAAGCGAACAACAGGUGCCAGUGAAAAGUCCAAGAAAAUGGUGGCACGAACAGAAGACGAACAACGUUUGGCCGCUUUGGAUCGUGAGGCCAGUUUUGGGCGUCGGUGUGCUCAAUGCUACAGUGAUGUAUUGCUGAAUGAGCCAAACCUUCAGUGGGAAACGAUGGAUUUUUGCAAUGAAUCUUGUUUGGGCCAAUAUCAACAGGCAAUCGGUGCUGCAUGUCAAUCAUGCCAGAAUGCCGUUUCAGUUUCCAGCAUGGGAAAAUAUUGCGUACGAUUCGGUUUCGAAUUACGGCAAUUCUGUCGCUCCGCCUGUUUGGAUACAUUCAAAAAAGGUCUCAAAGUUUGCUCGUACUGUCAAUUGGAUAUUGCAAAAAAUGACGAAUUCCUAGCACCAAUCAACGGUCAAUUCAAAGAUUUUUGCUCGAGAAAAUGCAUGCGAUCGUAUGAUCAAAUUUUUAAUCAUAAAAAGAAUACAGUCAAAACGUGUGCCGUAUGCAACAAUCCAAAAAUCGUUCGCGUUGAGGUUGUCGUCGACAACAAUGUCCAUCAUUUCUGUUCGAAUCCAUGCUUCUCGGCAUUUAGCUUCGUGAAUAAUGUGACUCCAGAUUGCUGUGCGAUGUGUCGGAAAUAUUUCGAGCGCAAAUCAUCCAAUGCGCAUACAAUUUACCAAGGAAAUGAUGCAAAAGUGUUCUGUUCCAAGAUUUGCAUGAACAUCUACAUAAUAGCCAACCGAGAGAUUGCCCCAUGUCAAUGGUGCAAAGUGCGAAAAUACAACUUUGAUAUGAUUCAAAAAGUGUCUACUACACAUGGAUCGAUGAUGCUGUGUUCGAUCAAUUGUUUAUCGAUGUGCGAAGUGUCGAUGAAUGCCAUCGCAAUGAAACAGCAAAAAUGUGAUCAGUGUAAUUCGGUGACAACGCCACAAUAUCAUUUAACCAUGUCAGAUGCAUCCAUGCGAAAUUUUUGUACUUAUCAGUGUGUCAUGUCAUUCCAAAGUCAAUUCAGUCGGGCACCAUUAACUCUAGAAGGUGAAGCUGCCGAUCAACGAUCGCAACCGGUUCCGACUGGUUUGCCCAAACGCAUCAAAGCAAAUCAACAGCAACAGCUAAAAACGGCACAGCCACAGGGUAAGGGAAAAUCAGCACCAGCCACCAGACUUGCAAAAACAACCGGUUAUCAAGCGUCAAAGCAAACGGCAUCAAGUAAUAAUUUGGUGAUUUCAAGCGUCACAUCACUGGCCGCACCUACGCGAAGCACUAGACGCAGUAAUCAAGCACAAAAUAGUUUGACUGGCAAUGAAUUAAGUCGACUUCAACCUGUUGUUGAACUUGAACCACUCCCUGAUAAUAUCAUUGAAAAGACAACACGACAGGUGGGUAGACCGAGACAAUUACCAGUUGAACAAGCAUCAGCCGCCCCUCAGGUGCGCGUUGAAAAACAGACACAAAUCGUAACUAUUCCACCCUUGCCGAAAAAAGUUGCAAAUGUAGCAACGCUAUGCGCGCCAUCUACACAAAACAAAGAAGUACAAGCAAGACCGAUGCAAUUCACUGUUGGCUGUCAAACAGAUAGUUUCUUGGAACGGAAAAUGGUCAUUCCAAUUCCAGUUCCAAUCUACGUCCCACAACCGAUGGCGAUGUACGCUCAACCAUUCCCUGUACCAGUGCCGAUACCGCUGCCGAUUCCAGUGCCCGUAUUCAUUCCGACAACGAGGAACUCGGCCAACGGUAUAAUGAAAGAGAUUAAAAAGAUUCAAGACAAAAUGCCAGCGGAUCCAUUUGAAGCUGAGCUGCUAAUGAUGGCUGAGAUGGUAGCGGGUGAUAAAAAGAAGGAAGAAGAAACCGACAGUUCAGAAGAGGAAAAUGACUGGUCCAAAGAUCAGAAUGUGGAAAUAUCGGGCAAUAAUUUUGGCGAAGACAUCAUGCAAAUGGCACUCAAAAUGGCCACAGAGUACGAACCAGCUGGUGUUGAUCUUGAAGCAUCGAUGCAAGCGAAUACGAUUACACCACAUUCACAUCCGGGUAUGGCUGGCCACGAUGUCAUGCAAAAUCAGCAUAUGAUGAUGAUGGAAGAUCAACAGAGACCGACUCGAAAACGUGGUCCACCACCACGAUUGCAGCAAGCAGCACAACGACAGCCAGCCAAACGAGCACGAAGAGGUGCCGUACAAGAGCCACCGCAACCCGAACCACCGCGAGAACCAAUUGAAAAAGCCGAUGCAAACAUGUGCUUGAAAUUCACAUUUGGCGUGAACGCAUGGAAGCAAUGGGUUAUAACGAAGAAUUCUGAGCUGGAAAAGAGCUCAAUGCGGCGGAAACUCUUCAAAACCGAACUACUCCAGCUGACCGCCGACGAAUUAAAUUAUUCAUUGUGUUUGUUUGUGAAGGAAGUGCGGAAACCGAAUGGCAGCGAAUAUGCACCGGACACCAUUUACUAUCUUGUGUUAGGCAUUCAAGAGUAUCUCUAUGAAAACGGUCGAAUCGACAACAUUUUCACUGACCCUUAUUACGAACGGUUCACCGAUUGCUUGGAUGAAGUGGCCAAAAAGUUCUCAGUACUCUAUAACGAUUCUCAAUACAUCGUGACGCGUGUCGAAGAAGAACAUCUUUGGGAGUGUAAGCAAUUGGGAGCACACUCUCCACAUGUUCUAUUGAGCACGCUAAUGUUUUUCAAUACAAAACACUUCAAUUUAACGACUGUCGAAGAGCAUAUGCAGCUAUCAUUUUCACAUAUUAUGAAGCAUUGGAAACGAAAUCCAAAUCAAGGAUCGGGAAAAGUGGCUGGCUCAAGGAAUGUUCUACUUCGAUUCUAUCCACCACAAUCGACGCAUAUUGACAAUUCGCGAAAGAAGAAAGUGUAUGAACAGCAAGAAAAUGAAGAGAAUCCGCUGAGAUGUCCUGUAAAAUUAUACGAAUUCUAUCUAUCUAAAUGUCCGGAAAGUGUAAAAACGCGCAAUGAUGUCUUCUAUCUGCUGCCGGAAAGAUCAUGUGUUCCUGAUUCACCGGUUUGGUACUCAACGCAAGCCCUGGGCAAAGAUGCACUCGCCAAAAUGUUGCAUCGUGUGAAAAUGGUUAAAGAAAUAAAUAUUGCAUUGCUAACCAGCUAAAUACAUCCAUCUCAAUAAACCAUCAAUUAUGUCAUUAGCCGUGGCAGUGCUUAUUUGGUUUUUAUUCAUCAUUUCAUCACACACAUACACACACCGCGACAACAACUAUCAUUAUUAUCAUCACUUGAAAUUUGAGUGUACCCCCAAUCGAUGUACCAUAGGUUUUAUGCAUUUUGCAAAAUACUGAUCAAUUGAUAGUCACAAGUGACACAUUGGAAUCGUAACCAGCGUCAGCAGGCGCGAGUGACGAAAGCAUUAGAGAAACAAAGAAAACAAAAAUGUCAUGAAAAAACCGAGAUAUUUUCAUCGACAUCAACUAAACACAAAUCGCCAUUUAACGUAUACAACACACAAACACACACACCUUAAAAUCAGCAUCAUUUAAUUAUUAUUGAUAAAACAAAUAAAUAUCCCACAUGAAUUUAAUAAAAAAAAAAACAAAAAGCAAAUCUAUUUUAUACUCAAUCAAUGUAGUAAUCCAAAUUGAUUAAUUUCGAAUCAGAAAAAAAAUUGAGUUUGAAAUUUAGUAGAGAAGAGAAAAACUUGUCAUGUGAAUUCUAUGUGAAUUAUUUUCUUUCUUUAGAACUUUCUUUUAUCUCCUUUUAUCAAAAUUUAUGGAUCAUGCGCUCAGCAAUUGUGAAAUAAUAAACACCCAUUAAGACUCUAAUUAAGAUUAUAAAUAUGUAAAAAAUAGAAACUCGAAAUAAAUGUAAAUCAUAAUUUGGAUUUAAAAAAA